UUUCAUUUAAAUUACUAUAAUUUUUGAAAAUGUUCCCAGGUGGUGCCACUACAAAGCCAAACCCGAAAUAUCUCGAGAUGGAAGAGAGACUCGCUAGAGAGAUGUCCAGGAUGAAGUUUGACAGCGACAAACAGAAGGUUGAGAUUGACAGGAUCUGCUCUGAUAGUGAAGAAAUCAAAGAGCUACAAGAGAAGAUAAGAAAUGCCUACCUUAAUAAAGAAAGAGCUGCUCAAUUAGCUGAGACACAGAUGAAGGUACACAAGGAAGUUGAAGAAGACGCCAGAAUGGACAUGGCCAUGCUCAGAAAGAAGGAAAUCGAGGAAGCCCAAGAACGGGCGGCCCAACGUCAAGAAGCUAUGGACAGGUUGGAAAAUAAGCAACGGAUUCAAGCUCAAAUGGCUGAAAAGGAAGCCCUGAUUCUUCAAGCCCAGAGAGAGGAGUUUGAGAGAGAAAAAGGCCAAGUCGAAGAAGUUGUCAAUAGAUUAAUCGAGGAAGACACAGAGAUGGCCAAACUCACUAAAUUAAAGCAAGAGCAAGCAAAGUUAGAUAUGAAGCAAAGCUUCCUUGAGAAGAGGAGGAAUGAGCAAAGACUUAAGGAAAUUGAAGAGAUUGAAGAAGACAAUGUCCGUAGAUACGCAGAAGAGCAAGCUGUUAGAGAGGCUGGAAUCAAACGUGAGAAAGCAAAAGUUGAAGCUGAAAGAGAGAAAAUAUUCAAGACACUCAAGGAAGAAGAAGAGAGAAGAAGAGCUGAAGAGGAGUACAUUGAAAACCUCAGAGUCCAACUCUACCAAGAAGAGUUUGAGGAACGUGAAAGAGAGAAGGAAAGACAAGAAGCUGAGAAGCGUGUCAAUGUCAUGCAUGAGCUCCUCAGAGCUCAAGAGUACCAGAAGAUGAUCAAAGAAGAAAGAGAAGCUGAAGAGAGAAGAAUUGAAGAGGACUUCAAGAGAAAAAUGCUCGAGAAAUUCGCUGAAGAUGACAGAGUUGAACAACUCAAUGCUCAAAGAAGAAGAAUGAAGGAGCAAGAGCACAAGAGAGAAGUCGAAAGAUUAGAGCAGAGAGAAAUUGAAAUCGAAGAGAAACGUGCCCAGGAAGAGGAAGAAAAUCGCAAGAAAGAUAUUGUCAAAGCAGAAAUGGAGAGAUUGUUGGCAGAGCAUGGGGAUAUACUGGAGAAAUAUCAUCCAAAGGCAUCUACAACUUAUGGAGAAGGGUUUAUCAAAGGUACUCAAUAAAAUUAAUUGAAUUUCUCAAUAAAAUUCAUUUAGUAA